AUGGAGUUUGCAUCUUCCUAUAUUCUGUUAACUGAGCAAGAGGAGUAUGAAACUAUAUCCGACGAGGAACUAGAGAAAGGCCUCACUUUAAGCAGUGACUCAGAGUCAGAGUCAGAUGAAGAAGCUGCCAAGGAUUUACCUGAGAACAAUCAUGAGAGGAAGAAGAGCAUCUUCCAUCAUUGGAAGCAGGGCAUAAAGAACAUAGUUGGACGGAAAGUGACACAGCCACCUGCUGAAGCCAUUGAGACAACUUCAGCUCAGAAGAUACAGCACAGACGAGCUGAUACCAACAUUGUUUCUGUCAACUUCAACACACUUCUAUUGCCAAGCAACAUGCAUGCUGGAGACCCAGUUCACUGUAAAAGAUGCCAUGCAGUCUUGUCUCUCAUCAGCUAUGUGGAUCCAGAUUCAAAGGUGUGGCGGUGUGAAUUUUGUGACAAAUCAACAAAAGUUGAUAUCGACCCUGAGGAAAUUACCCACGGUGGGGAUGUUACAUUCCUGAUACAGCCGGCCAUGACCACAUCUAGAAGCACCUUCUCUGGUGUGGAUCGUUCGUUGGUUGUGUUUUGUAUGGACACCUCAGGCAGCAUGUGUGUCACAACUGAGAUUUCAGGAAAGAUAAAAUUACGAGGAACAAGGCACCUUAGGCGACUACAGAGCUUUAAUGAAGACCAAGAUAGCCAGUUUCUUCCAUCCCAGACUCACACGAAUGUAACAUACAUUUCCCGUCUGCAGGCCAUGCAAGCUGCCGUUGAUCAUCAGUUGGACCAGAUGUCAUAUGAUCAUCCUAACAGGCGUGUGGCCUUAAUCACUUUCAAUAAUGAGGUGACGAUUGUAGGCGAUGGGACACAAGAUGAGAUUGUCGUGACAGGAGACAAGUUAACAAACGAGGAGCAGUUGUGCAAGAUUGGUACAGAGGCUGCACUACCCGAAGACAUCAAGAGCAGUAGAAGAGUGCUAGGGAAGAAAGUCUAUAACCUGGAAGAAGGUGGUGCAACAGCACUGGGCCCAGCUCUUGUUGUUGCUGUAAACAUGGCGGCCCACUUUCCAGGGUCAAAGGUGAUUCUUUGCACUGAUGGUAAAGCUAAUAUUGGCUUGGGAAAACUGGAGGAUACAGCAGAGGAAAAGGAAGCUCUAGAGUUCUACAAAAAAGUUGCAAAGUCUGCCUUGAAGAAGGGCGUGACCUUGUCUGUGAUCACUAUUGGAGGCACAGACUGUAAAUUAGUCCAUCUGGGAAUGUUGGCAGACAAGACAGGCGGCACGGUCAACACUGUAGAUCCGCUGAAGCUGACAGAAGAGUUUGGCAACAUCAUUGCUGAGCCAGUCAUUGCCACCAGGGUCCAGGCCACAUUCCUUCUUCAUAAAGAAUUGUAUGUAAUUGAUGAUAUGAAUCCAGACAAUAAGUGUUCUAAAGUACAGCGUAAUGUUGGAAAUGCUCGAAGCAGCACUGCAAUUACAUUUGAGUUUGCACGGCGGCACCAUCCACAAGGUACUGACAAAAUAUAUAGCUCAGCUAGGAAAAGCUGCAUCUCAAAGGAAAAUACUCGACGCAGCAGCAGCCUGUCUGUGACAGAAGAGCUCCCAUUCCAGCUACAGAUCGAGUACACAGACACAGAAGGAAAUCAGGCUCUUAGAGUGGUCACCCGCAGGAUGCCAGUGACUACCAACAGGGAUUUAUCUGAGGAGUAUGCCAAUCUGGAAGUACUGGGGUUGCACGCAGCUAAGAAAUCUGCAGAGUUGGCUCUGCAAGGACAGUUCUCGAAGUCCAGGAGUGUGGCUUUGUUGAACCACAGACUUGCAUGGAGACACAGCCACAGCUUGACUGCUUCAGACGAUGACAGGAAGAAGUACAAGACCAUCUACACCCAGUUACAGAUGGUGGAGAACACUGUACGCAAUCAGAUGUUGAAAGAGAUCCUAGUCUCUGGACAUACCAUGAGUGAUAGCGAGCCUAGCGAUGAUGAUGAUGAUUCUAAUGAUGGUUGUCGGAGGCGCAGCCUACCGCCAAAACCUAAGCCUAAAUACACCAAAGGUUUCAUAGCUACUAGGUUUAAAAUGAUGCGUGCAAAGAGGUCAUCCGAAAUGGAUGAUGGGAUGGCAAAUAUGAUGUACAGGUUUCGUGGUGUUGGGGCCAGUGAGAUAAGUUCAGGUUCUUUUAUAGAUGAGACUUCUGCGUCAGGUUCCAGCAAGGAAAGAGCAGGGAAUAAAGCAUCAAAGAAAAAGACAAAAAAGUGA